UCUGUGGGUGUAAAUUCCCUCGAAGCAGAACUGAUCAGAUCCGAUCAGAUGAUGAGCGUUGCCUUUCCAGUAAGUGUUGCCUGUUCCCAAUGGGAAUAACAAAGAGCAUCAGCGCGAGAUGUCGAUCGUAAGCAUUGUUGCCAGGGAGAUCUUGGACUCCCGGGGAAACCCGACUGUGGAAGUGGACCUUCACACAGAAAAAGGUCUGUUCAGGGCUGCUGUACCCAGCGGAGCCUCCACGGUCUACGAGGCUCUUGAGCUCCGAGAUGGAGACAAGAGCCGUUACAAGGGGAAAGGAGUUUUGAAGGCCGUCGGACACAUCAAUGAUACUUUGGGUCCAGCGCUCAUCGCAUCUGGAAUCAGCGUGGUGGAGCAGGAGCAGCUGGACAACAUGAUGAUCGAGAUGGACGGCACAGAAAACAAAUCUCAGUUUGGUGCUAAUGCCAUACUGGGCGUGUCUCUGGCCAUUUGUAAGGCGGGUGCGGCAGAGAAAGACGUCCCCCUGUACCGCCACAUUGCUGAUCUGGCCGGAAACACGGAGCUGGUGCUGCCGGUUCCUGCUUUUAAUGUGAUAAAUGGAGGCUCUCAUGCAGGAAACAAGUUGGCCAUGCAGGAGUUCAUGGUUCUUCCUGUGGGGGCAGAGUCUUUCAAGGAGGCAUUGAGGAUAGGAUCGGAGCUGUACCACACGCUGAAGGGGGUGAUCCAGCAGAAAUACGGUCAGGACGCCACCAAUGUGGGAGACGAGGGAGGAUUUGCUCCCAACAUACUGGAAAACAGUGAAGCUCUGGACCUGCUGCAGACUGCUAUAGAAAAGGCUGGAUUCACUGAUAAGGUGGUGGUCGGGAUGGACGUGGCUGCCUCUGAGUUUUACCGUGAUGGGAAAUAUGACCUGGACUUCAAAUCCCCACCGGAUCCACAACGACACAUUACUGCAGAUGAACUGGCUGAUAUCUACCAGGGCUUCGUCAACAACUACCCAGUGGUGUCCAUUGAAGACCCAUUUGAUCAGGAUGACUGGGAGGCCUGGUCUCGCCUCACAGCCCAGGUAGGGAUCCAGGUAGUUGGGGACGAUCUGACUGUGACCAACCCCAAGAGGAUAGAAAAGGCUGCAGAGGAACGAGCCUGCAACUGCCUUCUGCUCAAAGUCAACCAGAUUGGCACAGUGACGGAGGCGAUACAGGCGUGUAAGCUGGCUCAGGCUAAUGGCUGGGGUGUGAUGGUGAGCCAUCGUUCGGGAGAGACAGAGGACACUUUCAUCGCUGACCUGGUGGUGGGACUCUGCACUGGACAGAUUAAGACUGGUGCCCCCUGCAGGUCUGAGAGGCUGGCCAAGUACAACCAGUUAAUGAGGAUCGAGGAGGAGUUGGGCGACCAAGCUCGUUUUGCAGGCCAUAACUUCAGAAACCCCAGCGUCCUGUGAAAGCGCACGACAGACAGGCGACUGACAUGUGGUCACACAGAUGCAGACACGACGACACACCAAUACACAAAAGAGACAAAACAAAAAAAUUAUGCACUGGACUUUUGGGAAGGGAGACGAUGCCGUAUGCACAUGAGUAUGCAAAUGUAAUACACGCAGGGGAACAAGAUUAAAAAAUAAACUUUAUAAGCCAGACAUGCACUGUUACUGUAGUUUUAAAGGCAUUAGUUGGUGUCCAGCUGGAGGACAGACUGCAGAAAUAAAGAGCUUUGUUUUACGCAGCAAACAUAAUAAACAGGUACUAAAUACAGCAGCAUGCAGUUGAAAAUAAAACUCGCACUUUGAAGGAUUAACACACGAUCCACUACACAGUCUCUCACCCGGAACACUAAUGCACCCACUUCUGUCCUCCAUCGCUUCAUUUUCUUCAUUGUGCCGUUUCUCUGUUCUUCUGCCCUGAUGUGACCACGACUGAUGAUUUCUCAGUCAUGCUUAAAGUCCCCUAAUAAUAAUAAUCAUAAUAAUCAUAAUAAUGAUCAUUAAAAUAACCCUCUGAACCCUAAAUCCUUCUGUUCCUCUUCAAUGUCUGUAGAUUAGCUGUUGAAAAAGACAAAAGGGAAUCAUUUAAAAUGUAAUAAACAGAAUGCUUGACAUUGAAAAUAAUGUGAAAAUAUGUCAAAUAAAAAGAUUUACAGUUUUAAUCACA